CUUUCUCACUUCCAGCUCUGAGCAGCAAAAAUAAAAAAAUCAAAAUUGAUUUUUAGAAAAAAAAAGCAGUAUACCACCAUGUCUUCUCGUUCUACCCCCCACAUCUUCUCUCUUCUCUCUCCUAAUUCAAUUCCUUCCUCUUCUUCAUCUUCUUCAUCUUCUUCUUCUUCUCUCUCUACUAAUCAACCAUACCUUCAUCCCGUGUUGGCCAACUGCUGCAACCAAGUAGAGAAUACCGGUACUGUACUGUUCAUGGAUGACUUUCUCUCUUUCUUUCAAAUUCGGUACCUGUCAAUUUUUGGUGUUUGGUCAUUUGGGACUAAAGAUAAACGAGGUAACUUAGAGUUUCAUACCAAAUGCAACGCUAUAUCCAAGCCACGCACUCAAGAAUAUGCAAGUGUGCUUCAAAAUGGUCUGCCAGUAAUAAAGUGGCCCGAGAUUGUGGAGGAUGACAUAGAAGGGGAAGCUAGAAAGAUUGGUAGAUGGAAUGAGAUUAAGGAACGCGUGGAAUCCAUAAAAUCCAAGUUGGCAAGUAUGGAUGACGGAGAGAUCAGCGUAUCAGCAUAUGACACGGCGUGGGUUGCUCUAGUAGAAGAUAUCCAUGGAAGUGGUACUCCUCAAUUCCCAUCCAGCCUCCAAUGGAUUGCCAAUAAUCAGCUACCAGAUGGUUCUUGGGGUGACUGUGAAAUCUUUUCCGCUCACGAUCGUAUUAUCAACACCUUAGCUUGUGUUGUUGCUUUAAAAUCAUGGAAUGUCCAUCCUGACAAAUGCCACAAAGGAAUGGAAUUUCUUAAAGAAAAUAUAAGCAGACUCAGAAACGAGAACACCGAACACAUGCCAAUCGGUUUCGAAGUUGCUUUCCCUUCUUUACUAGAAAUCGCUCGGAAAAUAGACCUUCAAAUACCCGAUGAUUCUCCUAUAUUGCAAGAGAUUUAUGCCAAGAGAGAUCUAAAGCUGACAAGGAUACCGAGGGACAUAAUGCACAGAGUGCCCACGACACUACUCCAUAGUUUGGAAGGAAUGGCAGGUCUUGACUGGGAAAAGCUUCUAAAAUUACAGUCCCGAGAUGGGUCUUUCCUGUUCUCUCCAUCUUCCACUGCUUUUGCACUCAUGGAGACCAAAGAUCUUAACUGCUUCAAAUAUUUAAACAAUGCGGUUCAGAAGUUCAAUGGGGGAGUCCCAAAUGUGUACCCCGUUGACUUGUUCGAGCACAUUUGGGUUGUGGACCGGUUACAACGCUUAGGAAUAUCUAGAUUCUUUGAGCCAGAGAUUAAGGAAUGUAUCGAUUAUGUUUCCAGAUAUUGGACAGAUAAGGGAAUUUGCUGGGCAAGAAAUUCGGAAGUUCGGGAUAUUGACGACACGGCCAUGGCGUUUAAGCUACUAAGAUUGCACGGCCGUAAAGUUUCAGCUGAUGUGUUUGAGAAUUUUAAGAAAGGCGAUGAGUUUUUCUGCUUUGCCGGACAGUCAUCACAGGCGGUGACCGGUAUGUUUAAUCUGUUCAGAGCUUCUCAGUUGCUUUUUCCAGGAGAGAAGAUCCUUGAGGAUGCCAAGUACUUCUCUUCCAAAUUCCUUAGACAAAAACAAGCCUCUAAUGAGUUGCUGGAUAAAUGGAUUAUAAUGAAGGACUUGCCGGGAGAGGUGGGGUACGCGCUGGAGGUUCCAUGGUAUGCGAGCUUGCCUCGAGUGGAGACCAGAUUCUACAUCCAACAGUACGGUGCUGAGCAUGACGUUUGGAUUGGGAAGACUCUGUACAGGAUGCCGAAUGUGAGCAAUAAUGAAUAUCUGGAGCUUGCUAAGUUAGACUACAACAAUUGUCAAGCGGUGCAUUCCGAGGAGUGGGACAAAAUGCAAAGGUGGUACUCAGAGUGUAAACUUGGAGACUAUGGAUUAAGCAGAAGAAGCCUCCUUAUGGCAUACUUUCUCACAGUGGCCAAUAUUUUUGAAGCAGAGAGGGUCACCGAGAGACUCGCAUGGGCCAAAACCUCUGCCUUAAUUCACACUAUCGCUUCUCAUUUCCACAUUCAACAAACCACUAGGACUGCCUUUGUAAAUGAAUUCAGAACCAGCAACAACAUGCGUGACUAUGUCAUUUCAAGGAGGUGGAAUACAAAUCAAAAAGGACAUGGACUUGUAAAGGCGUUGCUCGGAACCCUGAACCACCUUUCAUUGGAUACACUCAUCGAACACGGUCAAGAUAUUAGUGGCCAACUACGUCAAGCUUGGGAGAAGUGGCUUCUAAAGUGGGAAGAGGCAGGGGAUAGCCACCAAGGAGAAGCAGAGCUACUGGUGCAAACAUUAAAUCUCAGCGCGGGCCGUACAAUUACGGAGGGACAGGUGUCAAGUAAUCCUCAAUACGAGCAACUCUUUAACAUCACCAAUAGAGUUUGCGGAGCACUUCGUAUUUACCAAACCCAAAAGCACCGCCAGGAGUUUGAAAAUGGAAGCUACGAUUACAAGACAGAGUGCACCACCACACCCGAGAUAGAAUCAGACAUGCAAGAGCUUGUAGAGAUGGUGCUGGGAGACUCCUCAGAUGGAAUCGAUUCAAAAGUGAAGCAAACAUUUCUGACAGUGGCCAAAACAUUUUAUUAUGGUGCUUACUGUGAUUCUGGGACCAUCAACUACCACAUUGGCAAAGUACUCUUUGAUAGAGUGGACUAAUUUCUCUCUAUGUGUCACCAUUCACUAGACACAUUCUUUUGCAUUUAAAUAAUGAAAAAAGAAAAAGAAAAUGUUAAUUCGAUUUCA